UCUGUUUCUUCGCAAGAAAAAAAUGAAAAAUCUUGCACAAGCCGAAUGGCAUAACAUGAAAAAAAUUCGUGCAAAUUUGAAGACUAUGUUACCGAUGAUACCUCUUUCUGAAGUAAAACGAUUCUACUUAAAACACGAUGAAGCAGUCAUAGACGAACUUAAAGAAAAAGGCUUAGAAAAUGCGGCUGAUUUUAUUCAAAAUUUAAUUAAAUUCGAUGAAGAAAGAAGGAACAUUGCUGGUCCUGGUACAUCUACCUGGACAAAGCCACGAUUAAAAGAUCAACGAGAUCUAUUAAAUCAACUCAAAGAAACUUUAAUCGCAAUUGGAAAAGCUGAACAACUGGGACAAUCAAUAGAAGCGUCAAAUUUGUGGAUAAAAAUAUCAAUAUUUUUUCAAUCAAAAGGUGAAGAUUGGUGGUGGGUAACAAAAAAACUUUACGAAAAUGCACUGAAAGCAGCCGAAUUAGUUGAUGAGGAUGAUGCACGCAAUAUCACUGUCGUACGAUAUCUUUACGGAAAAUUUCUUUCUAUGAUAGAGGUCGAUUGGCUUAAAGCGCUCGAAUAUUUGGAUAUUGCAAGAGAAGCAUCAGAAAAUAAAAUAUGGAACGUUUCGAAAAUAUCUAAUGAAAAACAAAAAACAAUUUUUAAAGAAUCUUGCGCUCUGAUAUACAAAAUUCUUAUUGCACUUGUUCAACGAAUUGGUCAAGAGGAUUCCGAAUUUGCUGUGCAGGCUUGCAACGAAGCUUUAAAAAGAGCCACGGAUAGUAAGUGUUUUAUUUUUUUUUUUUUAUUAGUUUAUGAUGACUUUUCUACUAAAGAUAUUUAUUUAUACAAAGUUUUAUAUGUUUCAAGUAAGCCGGUCUACGAUUACAUAGCUAACGCUUUGUAUGAGCUAGGAAGGACCCAUUUGCGUUAUGGCGAAAUUAAAUAUUCUUUGCAAGAAUUUUCUAAAUUACUAGCCAUGGCCAAAAGAAAUUCGGAUCCCGAAAGAAUUUGUAAUGCACACAUGGAAUUGGCCUUUGCUUACAAGGAAAUUGAUGAUACCGCAAAUACAGAAAAACAUUUAAAUCUAUUUCGAGAAAAUGCAAUCCAGUUUGAUUUACCGUAUAAACUUGCACAAGCGCAUUACUAUAUUGGUGAACAUUUAUUAAAUCAGGUUAAUACAUUUUUUAUUCAUAGAUAUUAUAUUUAUACAAAAAGAUUCACUAAUUUAUUAAAAAAGCUAAAACUUAUGAAACCUAAUUUGGCAACGCCACAUUUGGAAAAAGCUUUUAGUUUAUAUUAUGAUCUUGGAUUUAUCGAGGAAGCAGAUCAAGCAAGAAUUAUCACUGGUAUAUCAAGGGGUAAAGUUUAAAUUAUAGAAAUACUAUAU